ACAGCAAAGCAGCGUCAGCACGGAAAGAGACUUCCUCAGUGACUUGUCGGUGUGGUAAUUCAUUGUGAUUUGUUCCUGGGGCCCAGAAGCACAAGGUGCCUUUUCUCAGGGAGAUUAGCUACGGAGCACUCUUCAUGUUUUUUUCUCCUGUGUUAUCAGAAGAGUUUUCUAGUGUUUCUGAAGUUUAAAAGCAAGACUUGGAAGUGCCUCAUCUAGUGAAGCUGGACUCGGGAUAUCCUGCGCAGUAAUGUGCCCAAGCUGUGUUUUGUUGGAAGGAUUACAAACUGGACUUGAUUUGAAAGGCAACAUGCAGGACAGGGAAUAAUCAGACUUAAUAGGUUUAAACUGACAAAGGCCCUUUGUUGAGUGAAUCGAGAAAUGUAGUUGGAUGAAUUGGUCUAAGUACAGAGAAAAGACUUUGGUUUUGAUGCCUCGUAGUGAGUGUGCAGCACUGCCUCAAUAUGGUUUAAAUAUUUUGCCACGUCCAACAUAUGAAAAGUAAGGAUUUUUUAAAAAAUUGACAAACAUUAUUAUUAAAUUGAAGACAUAGUAUUGAGCCUCACUCUGAUGAUGGAUGAUAACUUUGCUUGACAGUUUUCUGAACCUGAAUCUGAAAAUGGACACCACCAGUACCUUGGCAGAUAGCACUGAUGCUAUGGGAGCUCAGAAUGUUGAGGCAAAAUUUACGGGAAAUCCUCAGUCGAUAUUUAAGAAAUUUUCAACAAUGUUUGCUCGAGGUGGAGCGGACAAAGCGGAAGACUCGGCACAGACGGGGACAACAGCUGUGCUUAUGUCAUUCCGUACUCUGCCUGAGAGCUUGAACGGUGACAGUCAAGAUGGUAAUUUAAACAAAAAUCUGGAUCCCAGAGUGAACAGCCAUUCCGAGAUGCAACCGGAAACUCCACUGACACCUGCAUUUCAUGUGGAUGAUUCAGGCGAAUCAGAUCUUGUUCGUGUGACGUUGGUUCAGACCACUAGUGAUACAGAAUCUGAUGAGGACGAAAACAGUGACUUAAUAAUGCCAAGCAAUGUACCCACUGAUUCACACAGUACCUCCUAUGAGAAUACGGAUAGGAAUGGAGCAAACAUGUUUGCAGGAACACAUCUAAAUCAUAAUGAUGCUGAUACAUUUGUGACUUCUGUAGAUAUUGCACUUCCAGUCUCAGAAAUGGAGCUUAAAAUCAGUCUGAAGAAAGCAGAUGAUGCCAUUCCAGUCGGUGAAGAGGAAACAAGUUCACCUGGAGUGGAUGGCAGGGAGGGUAAAUUGGUGAAGGAUCCUUUUGUGGUGAACACAGCAUUUAGUGUUCCUGCUAACAUAGCCAAUGUGCCUCUCACCACUAGUGUUACACAUUCUGAUGCAGAACUAGGAGAUACUGAAGGCCUGUCUGAAAAUGGCACUGGUGACAUAUGGUUGGAAAGUGACAGCAACACAGAAGAUGAUGGAAAGAGCAAACUCCAUGAGCUAAUGGGUGAGGUACUUGCUAAACAGUUACAUGGUGAUGAAAAUGAAGACAUUCCAUUUAUUGAUGAUUUGGUUCAACAUUCUGACUCUUUUGCGAUGGCUGAUGUGGAGAACUUAAGCAGUGUUACAACAAAGAAAGAAGAGGAUUUUCAUAGGUUCUCCCCUUUAACAAAAUCAGAUGUUGCUUGGGAUAAUGAAGAUGGCCUUACUAAUGGCAAAAUUUCAGAAGAGAAAACAGAAUUUCAAAAUACCCUACAGGAUGUACAGCCUAUUGGCAGCGAUCAGAGUUUAGCUUUAAGUCCCACAACACCAGAUACUCCAGUAAAGUUCCCACACAGAAGCAUCAGUCCACAACUUGGCACUCCUGAAGACAAAGGUUUCCAGCUGCCAGCCCUGUUCAGUGGUCUGCGGGUAUUGAAAAAGGGGGCCACUGGUGAAGACAGAGAAACCAUUGCUGAAAUCAAAUCUAGAGACAGUGACUUGGCUCUUCUGAGCCUAAAAAAGACAGUCAACAAAGUCCGGACUACACCUGAAGGUCUGCUACAGAAACAGGAGCAGAGAAGCAACCGCGAGCCUAAAAACAUCUUUCUGGGACACCUAAGCCAGUUGUUUAACUUAGAAAAAAAGGAUGUUCCAGACGAAGAAAAUGGACAGACAUAUAACAAAAUGGAGAAUGAUGAGGCAAAUGUGGACACAGUUUCUCCUGUGGAAGAGAGCACUCCGCAAAGUAUGGAGACAGCUUUUGAUGCAUUCAAAUCAUUUUUUACACCAAAGCCUCAUAAACGGAAUAAAACGGAUGGAUUAGACUUGGAUGCUGUGAAGAAGAAACUUAAAAAUGACAAGGAUGCACUGAAAGCCAUAUUUGAGAAGUCCAAAUCAAGAAACCCAUCCAUUGAAAGAGGAUCUGAUGAUAAAUCGUCUGAAGCCACCUCAGACAAUGAAGACAGAACACCUGGCAAACUUCAAGCAGUGUGGCCUCCUCCAAAGCCAAAGGAUGAAGAGGAGAAAAUUGGUCUGAAGUAUACUGAAGCAGAACAUCAAGCUGCACUCCUACAGUUAAAGAGAGAAUGUAAAGAAGAGGUUGAACAAUUACAUAAAGAAUUUGAGCUGAAGAUCUUUGAAGUAAGAGGGGAACAUGGGGAAAAUAUUGCAAAGCUUGACGAGGAAAUCCAGAGGCUUAAACAGGAACUUGACAACAGUGUGUACAGGGCAAGAGGAGAAGUAAAAGAUACCUGUGUGUCCACUGAAGAUGACAUGCCUCCAAAAACAUUUCGUAAUGUAUGUAUUCAGACUGACAGGGAAACCUUCCUCAAGACACCAGAAGAUGAAAACAAGGUUGUCCACACCAGUCAAACUGUCCCUAAAAAACUGAAGCCAGAGUCACUAAAUCUUGGAUUGAAAACAGAACAAGAACAAGUACCACCUGACCCAUCCAACCACUUAAAACAAACUAGCCUGUUACUUCCACCUCCUGCUCCACCUCCACCACCUCCACUCGCUCCCUUCCAUUCUGGUUUGGCUCCUCCUCCUCCCCCCCCUCCUCCUCCACUUCCAGGUGCUCCGCCUCCUCCACCACCAGCACCUCCUCUUCCAGGAGGAGCACCUCCUCCCCCUCCUCCUCCAUUGCCUGGAUUUGAAGCACCUCCUCCUCCACCUCUACCAGGAAUAGGUCCACCCCCUCCUCCUCCCAUGUCUGGCUUUGCGGGAUUUGGUUUUGGCUUAAUGUCAGAAAAGGCACCUCGGAAACCUGCUGUAGAGCCUUCAUGUCCAAUGAAACCCUUGUACUGGACCAGAAUUCAAGUCAAAGACAACAGUGAAAGUUCAGUAUGGGGGUCUCUAGAAGAGCCUAGAAUUCAAGACACCAAAGAGUUUGAGGAUCUGUUCUCUAAAGCUGCUGUGCAACAAAAGAAGAAGCCCCUGUCUGAAUCAUAUGAAAAGAAGGCAAAAGCUAAAAAGAUUGUUAAACUACUGGAUGGCAAGCGAUCACAGACGGUAGGAAUUCUAAUAUCAAGUCUACACCUUGAAAUGAAAGACAUUCAACAAGCUGUGCUGAAUGUAGACAACUCGUUUGUGGAUUUGGAAACCAUUGAGGCUUUGUAUGAAAAUAGAGCACAGAGCGAUGAAUUGGAAAAAAUAAGAAAGUUUUAUGAAACGUCAAAGGAGGAGGAACUGAAGCUGGUUGACAAGCCUGAACAGUUCUUGUAUGAGCUUUCUCAAAUUCCUGACUUCGCUCAUCGAGCUCACUGCAUUAUCUUCCAGUCAGCAUUCAUGGAAGGACUGUCUGCUGUUCGUCGCAAAGUGGAGAAUGUUGAACGUGUUUGCAAGGGUUUGCUAGAGUCAUGUGUAAAGGAUAUUCUUGGUCUAAUCCUUGCUUUUGGCAAUUACAUGAAUGGUGGAAAUCGCACACGAGGUCAAGCUGAUGGCUUUGGGCUUGAAAUAUUACCAAAGCUGAAGGAUGUCAAGAGCAGGGAAAAUCGAAUAAGUUUGGUUGAUUAUGUGGUUGCAUAUUACCUACGACACAUGGAUGAGAAUGCAGGAACUGAACUGAGCACCUUUCCUUUACCAGAGCCACAGGACUUGUUUUUGGCUGGACAAGUCAAGUUUGAAGAUCUUACUAAAGAUCUUAAGAAGCUGAGUAGGGAUCUUGAUGCCUGUGAAAAGGAAGUCAAACUAGUGUGCCAAAACUCCUCAAAUGAACAUCUUCAGCCUUUCAAGGAAAAAAUGGAGAACUUUAUUCUUAGUGCAAGAAGAGAACGUCAUGCAGAAGAUGAGCAUUUGAAAAGCUCUCAGAAAAGCUUUGACAACCUGGUCGUUUAUUUCAGUCUGAAGCCCAAGUCUGGAGAGAAGGACAUCACUCCCAACUAUGUUUUCAUGCUGUGGUAUGAGUUCUGCAGUGACUUCAAGACCAUUUGGAAACAAGAAAGUAAAGUCAUAUUCAAAGAGAGAAUCAAAGAAGCACAGGAUUCUGUCAAUAAACUGACAGCAGAAAAGAAGAUUGAAACUAAGAAGACAAACCCCAACAGCCUAAAAGAGAGGCUGCGUCAGAAGGAAGCCAGCGUGACAGCAAGCUGAAUGGUUGAAGAGUUGCAUCCCUCCCACCAUGUGGCCAGCAAGUAUUCCAGUCUGCUUGUACUCUGGCAGCAACUCUGCUGGUCAUCUUCCUUCAUAGACUGCUAAGGGUUUGUGCAGUCUCCUUGUUGCCCAUCGAUAUCCAGCAUUACAAUUGUCUAAAAAGAGGCAAUAGAAUAUCCUUGAGCAAUGUGUACAAAGGGCUGGCACAUGAAACAAACAUGGAGGAACACAUCUGUACUGCCACAUUUAGCAAAACAGCUAGAUUUGGCUGCUGCUCUUCUUAUGCUAGUAAAGCAGGAUGAGGUCCUUUAUAUAUUAAGGAAUGUUUAAUGUUCAAUGCUCCUUUUAUGAUCAGUAAUUAUUGCUCCCAUCAUCUGGUGGGAAUGCUAUACAUCGGUGGUGGUUGAAGUGGCUCUCCACUGUCUAUGUAACACACUUUGAGUUUCUAGAAAAACACUUUAUAAAUGUAACAAUCUGUCUUCCACUCAGCGUCAGUAGAGUUCCACAUGAAACAAAGGUACUUGCAGCCUAUGACCUCUCGGAUAAUAAGUGGCAUUCCUAAUGUGUGUAUUUUUAUUUGGCCAGACUUGGGGUGAAGCCUACCAAGCAAAUAAUUGAGAGAGUUGAAUGUGUGAAAAGUGAUUUUGCCUGGCAUGCAUGCUGCUGUCUCUUUUAUCUGAUAUCUGCUAAAAUACCAUUGGUUAGAAGUCAGCUAAUGCUAAUUUGAUGAGUAAUCCACAAUUUAAAAUCUCAUACAUGUAUACGAGUAAUAUUAUUACAAUUGUGUCUUCUUCUUCUUUCGGCUGCUCCAAUUAGGGGUUGCCACAGCGGAUCAUCAUCUUCCAUAUUUUUCUGUC